UAUAACUCUCUGAACUAGAUCAGUCUUCAUGUAAAUGCGAACGGAAUACGAGUGUUAUUUUCGCAUUUAAUUUUAUCUGAUUUUCAUAAUUUGAGUAAAAUUUUGUUCUCUCAUUAUUUGAAUUAUCUGCACGGCACUUAAACUUAUUAUAAUGGUUUUAAUUUAAUAAUUUCAAAUUUUUUUUAUUAGUAAUCAUAAUCUUGUACAAAUUUAUAAUACUUAAGAGGAUUUUUUAAAAUAAUUUACUGAUUAAAUAGUAAAAUUUAUUCGUUCUUAUUGAAUUUUAUUAAAAAUUGCAAAUUGUUUUGCAUGUGAUCUUUAUAAAUUCCUAAAAUCAGAUUGAAAAUAAUUUUUUUUUUUGUAAAAAUGUCAGAAAACACUUUUAGAAGCUUAGAAGAGUGUUUAGAAAAACAUAUUCCAGAAGAUGAAUUAAAAGAGGUCAAAAGAAUUUUAUAUGGGUAUUCAAAUGACAAAUCAAUUGAUAUUCCUGAAAAAGUAAAAAAUUUGGCUGAAGAAAAUGAUUUUGAAAUUAAAGCUUAUAAAUUUAAUGCAUUACCAGAAGAACUUCGUAAGCCCCGUAUUGUUCGUAUUGGUGCAAUACAAAAUUCAAUCUGUGAACCAACAUCAUAUCCAUUGGAGACUCAACGUAGAUCAAUUUAUGAAAAAAUAACAAAAAUUAUUGAUGCUGCCGCAUUAGCUGAUGUAAAUGUAAUUUGUAUGCAAGAAGCUUGGACAAUGCCAUUUGCAUUUUGUACUCGUGAAAAAUUUCCUUGGUGUGAAUUUGCUGAGAAUGCAGAACAUGGUCCUACUACAAAACUUUUACAAGAAUUAGCAAAAAAAUAUAAUAUGGUUAUAAUAUCAUCAAUUCUUGAAAGAGAUACUGAUCAUGGUGAUACAAUAUGGAAUACAGCUGUAGUUAUAUCCAAUCGUGGGAAUGUUCUAGGAAAGCAUAGAAAAAAUCAUAUACCAAGAGUUGGAGAUUUUAAUGAAUCUACUUAUUAUUUUGAGGGAAACACAGGUCAUCCAGUUUUCGAUACUGAAUUUGGAAAAAUCGCUAUAAAUAUUUGUUAUGGGCGUCAUCAUCCACAAAAUUGGAUGAUGUUUGGCUUGAAUGGAGCAGAAAUUGUGUUUAAUCCAUCAGCUACUGUUGGUGCUUUAAGUGAACCAUUAUGGGGUAUCGAAGCAAGAAAUGCUGCAAUAGCAAAUAGCUAUUUUACUGUUGCAAUAAAUCGUGUAGGAACUGAAGAAUUUCCAAAUGAAUUUACGUCUGGUGAUGGUAAAGAAUCUCAUAAAAAUUUUGGUCCAUUUUAUGGAUCAAGUUAUAUAACAUGCCCAGAUGGUUCAAGAACACCAGGAUUAUCACGUGUUAAAGAUGGUCUUUUAAUUGCCGAAAUCGAUCUAAAUUUAUGUCGUCAGACGAAAGACCAUUGGGGCUUUAGAAUGACUCAAAGAUUACCAUUAUAUGCAGAAUCAUUUACAGCAGCUGCCAAAUCAGAUUUUAGGCCACAGAUUAUUAAGGAAAAGGACUAAAUAAUUUUUAAGUUGUGUACAUAAAUGUGUUUCGUAUUUCAAUAAAUUAAAGCGAUUGUCGAUUCACAUUAUUACCGAUAAGAACCUUCAAUUAUUACUUUGAUAUUUUUUAUGUACAUAUACAUACAUAAUAUACAUAUGUAGUAAUUAUUUCGGAUUUCAAUAAAUGUUCAAAUUUGUAAAAAUUUUAA